AUGAAGAGUAUCGAGGCGGUGGGGUUUGAUAUGGACUACACGCUGGCACAGUACCGGCCAGAUACGUUCGAGUCGCUGGCGUAUAGGGAGACGGUUAAGAAGCUCGUGUACAGCCUUAAAUACCCUGAUGAGCUGCUGCUGUGGAACUUUGACUGGCGCUACAUGGUGCGAGGGCUUGUGCUGGACAAGAAGCGAGGCAACAUACUCAAGAUGGACCGGCACAAGUAUGUGAAGGUGGCGUAUCACGGCUUCCAAGCGCUCUCCCGGGAGGAGCGGCGGGCCACGUACACAGACACGCCGCUACGAGAGUCCUUUGACGAGCCCGACUUUGCUCUCAUCGACACGCUCUUCUCGCUCGCUGAGGCGUACCUGUUUGCCCAGCUGGUGGAGUUUAAAGACGCUUUCCCCGACCGGAUUCCAUCCACCAGCUAUGCGGCCAUGUACCGGGACGUGCGGGCAGCAGUGGAUCUGUGUCACAGAGACGGCACACUCAAGAACGCAGUUGCCAAUGACCCCGCCAGGUACAUCACAAGGGACGAUGAGCUAGUGGACAUGCUGCAGAUGCUGCGAAACUCGGGCCGAAAGACAUUCCUCGUUACCAACAGUCUGUGGGACUACACGCACGUGGUGAUGAACUACCUGGUGGGCAACUGUGGCACACGGCACGGCAAGCCAAGGGAUUACUCUUGGCUCUCGCUCUUCGACCUUGUCAUCACGGGCAGUGCGAAGCCGGGUUUCUUCCUGAACACGCACCGGGCGCAGAUAUACGAGGUGGACAUUCGCUCAGGCAUGCUGUUCAACACUGACAACGGCAGCCCCAUGGCGCAGGUGGGCGGUAUGGGUGACGCCAUAGCUGUGGCACAGCUGGCGGAGCUGUCUCAGCCGUGCAGAGUGUUCCAAGGGGGAAGUGUGGGACACCUGCACAGCAUGCUCGACAUUGCUGCUGGCGCACAGGUGCUGUAUGUGGGCGAUCACAUCUUUGGUGACAUCCUUCGAUCCAAAAAGUCCCUCGGGUGGCGUACCAUGCUAGUGGUGCCUGAGCUGGUGCGGGAGAUUCACGUGCUCAAGACCACUCUUGAUCUUCGCCAGGCGUUUCAUCACCUGCGGCAUCAGAUCGACUCUCUGGAUGAUUCCAUCCAACGACUCAGCUGGGCCAUCAGGUUUGAGAGGAUGGACGAGGGGAAGAGGCAGCAGCUGGAGCAGGAAUUGGCGUCCCUGCAGGCUCAAAGGGAGGCAGCAGGGGUGCAGCGGCGUGAGACCAUGCAGCAAUGGCACCGACAAUUCCAUCCUGUGUGGGGCCAGCUAAUGAAGACAGGUUACCAGAACUCUCGCUUUGCGCACCAGGUUGAGCGUUUCGCUUGUCUGUACACCAGCCAUGUUACCAACCUAGAGUAUCGCGACCGCUUCUAUUAUCAGUCCACCAUGUUGGGGGAGAUCCUUAGCGUUCAGCCUGGAGAGUUGAAAUUCCCAUUCGAGCUUCGGAAACAAGUCUCGACGUCCCUCCGACUGGUGAACGUCACAUCGGAAUAUGUGGCCUUCAAGGUUAAGACGACCUCCCCUAAAAAGUACUGCGUGCGGCCCAACACGGGUCUGGUCCCCCCUCAAAGUAGCGCCGAGGUUGUCGUGACGAUGCAAGCGCAGAAGGAGAUGCCGGCGGACCUGCAAUGCAAGGACAAGUUUCUCGUCCAGAGCGUGCUCGUGCCGGGGGGGGCUCCCAAGGAAACCACGCAAGACUUCUUCAACAAGGAGAACGGCCGGGAGGUUCACGAGGUGAAAUUGCGGGUGAUCUACGUGGCGCCACCUCAGCCGCCGUCACCCGUGGCUGAGUCAGCCGAGGAGGGUGUCAUUUCGCCCAGCCCGUUCCCCACCAGCACCAAGGGCCUCACCCCCGCUGAUCCCAGUGCAAAGGACGUGGUGGAGCUCAAGGCAAAGCUUACAGAGGCCAAAUCCGCGCUUGCUCAAGCCACAGAGGAUCGCAAUAAUGCAGUGCGGGAGGUGCAACGCCUCAAGAGCAACUUGUCUGGGCAGGGGCAAGCGAAGCAGGGCCUGUUGCCACGUCAGACGUAUGUCGCCGCUGCUAGGGCCGUCGGCCAGCGGCAGCUCGGCGCACAGCAAAGCGCGCUGGGGGGGAUGCGAUUGGCGGAAGGGAUUCGCGCGCCACAUGGUUGCAAGUACUCUAGUCGCAGCGGCGCAUUCUCCGGCGCAAAGGUUGCGUCCGCGGGCGGAAUUGCGCGCGCUCAGCUACCUGGCGCGGAGGAAACAGGCGCAACGGUGGCGGAAGAAGAGGAAGUAGCGAAUGAGGGAGCGGACGAGGGGGAAGGUGGGCGCAGGCGGAACAGUCAGGGGAAGCCCGGGGGAGAGCCAGGCGCUGGGAACUGGCAAGAGGGGGAGGCGGAACAGUGGGUGCGUGCAAUGCAGGCGCGGGGGGACAGCAGCGGGGAAGGUGCCGUUGGCGGAGAUCGAGGUGUGGGGACGCGGAAGCCGCGGAAGGGGGAAGAGCUGGAGCUGGUGUGCGAUAGCCUCGCGUUCAAAGGUUUGGGCGUGUGCCGCGUGCCUGAGAGCGGGUUCGUGGUUCUGUGCGAGCGUGCGUUACCAGGGGAACGGCUGGUGGCUCGGAUCGUCAAGACCAAACGGCAGUUUGCAGAGGCGUACAAGGUGCGUGUGCUGUCCCCCCACGACCACGCCACCACCCCCCGCUGCCAGCACUUCGGGCACUGUGGGGGCUGCCGCCUGCAGAACCUGGAGUACGAGGCACAGCUGCGCAUCAAGCAGCAGCAGGUAGCAGAGCUCAUGGUUCGGGUGGGCAAGUUCACCCUAACCCCAUCUCCUGAAGCCCCAACCACGGCACCAACACCAUCACCGCCACCAGCAGAACCACAAGAAGGAGAAGCAGAACCACCACAGGAACAGCAGCAGCAGCAGCAGCAGCAGCAGGAAGGUGACGCUCCUGUGGAGCUAAGGGAAAUCAUAGGAUGUUCCGAGCCUUACCACUAUCGCAACAAGAUGGAGUUCUCUUUCAACUCUCGUGUGUGGCUCCCCCCUUCCGACAUGCCCGAGAAACCUCCUCGUUCGCACACGAGAGGCGCAGCAACGCCAGGAGCAGAAGCAGCAGCAACAGCACCAGACUCAGCAGCAGUAGCACAGGCAGCAGCAGCAGAAGCAGCCACCGGAGAAAGCGGGAGUGAGACCGAGGGGGAGGGAGGCGGCGAACUGAGGGAGGAGAGGCAGGAGGAGAGGCAGAAGCAGAAGAAGAAGGGGCGGGGCGGCAGAGGCCAAAACGUGACCCCAAACCCAGGAGGCUUUGCCCUGGGGCUGCAUGCACCGCGGCGGUUUGACAAGGUGCUGCCGAUAGAGGAGUGCCACCUGCAGCACCCCACCGCCAAUGAGAUUUUAGUGCAUGUGCGGGAGUGGAGUGAGCAGCAUCAGCACGUGCUCCCGCCAUACGACCCUAUCACCCAUGAAGGCGUGCUCAGACACCUCACCAUCCGCAAGGGCCGCGAUGAGCGGACAGGAGAGGAGGAGUUCAUGGUGGUGCUCGUAACCAAGACAGACUGUCCGGACCUCCUGCAACCCCUCGUUGACCACCUCUCCCAGGCCUUCCCUCGUUUGGUCAGUGUAAUAAUGACGGUGAACCCCUCUCUAGCCGACGCCACACCCCCCAACGCCCUGGAGCGGCUGCUGCUGGGGCGGCGGGUGAUCAGCGACUCGCUGCGCUCUCUGCACUUUGACAUCUCAGCCGCCUCCUUCUUUCAGACUAACUCGGAUCAGGCGGAGGUGUUAUACGAGCUAGUGGAGCAGGCGUGUGCACUCAUGGGGGACGGCAGCGAGUUGCUGCUGGACCUCUUCUGUGGCACCGGCACCAUCGGCCUCUCCCUGGCCUCCCGGGUGCGCCACGUGUAUGGGUUCGAGCUGGUGCCAGAGGCGAUAGCAGACGCGCGUCGCAACGCGGACCGCAACGGCAUCACCAACGCCACGUUCCUGACACUCGACCUCAGCAAGGCACUGCCCACCCUGCCCAGCGGUGCAGCUGCUGCUGAAAAGAGUAGACCCGAUGUGAUCAUCACAGACCCGAACCGGCCGGGCAUGCACCCGCGGUUGUUGGAGCACAUGGCGGAGGUGAGGGCGCUGCGCAUCGUGUACGUCUCCUGCAACCCCGCCUCCAUGGCUCGAGACCUGCACGCACUCUGCCACCAGCUCCCUAGUGGGCGUCCGGGGCCGUACCGAUUGGAGUGGAUACAGCCUGUGGACAUGUUUCCCCACACACCCCACGUUGAAUGCGUGGCUGCUCUUGCACUUAGAUAG